GUUUUUUGGUUUAAUUUCUUUUUGGAAAAAAAAAACCAGAAACAAUAUCGUUGAGACUUGAGACUUGAGAGUUGAGACGACACGAUCAUAGCUUUCUCGGAAUCCGAGAUGGAAGAGGAGAAGAAGGAAGUUGCAGAACAGGCGACAGCCGAAGAGGCCCCGCCUCCACCCGCAACUGGUGGCGGUGGAGGUUGGGGUCGUUGGGGUCUUUCUUUUUCCGUGAUCUCAGAUCUUCAAAAGGCCGCUGCCGCCGCUGCCGAUGAGAUCUCUCGCAAUGCUGCUGCAGUUGCUCAGACAGCAUCCAAGACCAUUGCUGAGAUGCAAAACACUUCUGAAGAUUUAGAAUCUUCUAAAGAGACGGAAGGGGAAGACGUAGCUUUAACUAAAAGGGAAAGUGAAGAUGAGAAUGACAAACUACGACAAUCUGCUCUGGAAAAAUUGGAGAAAGCUAGUGAUGACUCAAUUCUUAGCCAGGGUUUGAAGGUGUUUGAUAAUUCCGUGGAGAAUUUUACAUCAGGAGCAUGGACUGCUUUAGGAAGUGCAUGGAAAGAGGGCAGUGAUUUAGUUCAAAGGUCAGCUGCAAAUCUUGCAGGUUCUGUGCAGCAAGUUGCACCAGCAACGGCUGGUUCUGGUGUGCCAUCCCUAUUAGAGAGUGGUAAAGCUUUUACUGCAAAGGGAAUGCAAGUACUAGAAUAUGUUGGUAAGGAGACAAUGGACUUGCUAAUUACUGAAACUGGAAUUGAGGUUGAGAGGGCUGAUAAAGAAGCUGAAGAACAAAAAGAUGACGAUCAAUCAUUAGAGGAAAUGACAUUUGAUCGAUGCUUUUACAUAUACGGAGGUCCAGAGCAGUUGGAGGAACUGGAGGCAUUGUCUAGUCAUUAUGCCCUGUUAUUCAACCGAAGGAAAACAAAGUUAUCACUGGAACAAAAAUCUUUAUACGAUGGGAAGCUUAAAGAGGUCCAACAAAUUUUUAAUCUGAGUGCUGAAAAUGAUGGAAUCAAUGUUGAUUUAAGCAAAGGAAAGAAAGUAGAAAAAGGAAAUGAGGGGAGCAGUGAUGAGAUGAAGAAUUUACAUGACGCAAGUGUCCGCAAUGCUGCUGAAAUGGCUGCGGGAUUUACAAGCACCUUGGGUGGACUAACUGUCAAUGAUAUCAUUCACAAAACUGCCAGAAGAUUAGAAUCUCUUCAUUCAGAGGGUGUUCAUUUUGUUGGAAAUUCGAGCGAGACAGUUUGCUUUUCUUUGCAGAGACUAUCAGAAAUGUGCUGUUUUGCGGUGUCUCAACUGUUGAUCAUCGGCAAAUCCAUCAUAUCUGCUGCUAACAAAGCCAAGGAUGAAGACGAUGAUGAGCAGAAGUUGAACAUUGAGUGGCCUGAGGAUGUCCUUGAAAAAGCUAAGAUGAUCAGAGUAAAUGCCCAAACAAUGAUAGGAUAUGUGGAAGCAGUUUCCAACAGUUUUAUUACAGGAAUAUCUGACGUAACUGAGGCAUAUCAAGCAGCCAUUAAAAGUGCUAUUGCUGAGUCUCACGAAGUUCAUCCGGGGACUUCAAUUCAGGAAAAAGCGGGUGCCCUCUCCGAACAUCUUCACUCCGAUCAAAAAAUGGCAGUAGAGAAAGUCCAGGAUGGGCUGCAAUUCUUAUCCCAUGUUGUCUUUUCAAGUUCUAUGAACGCUGCUGCUUGAACGCAACCAUGCUUUUAUCUAUUAUCCUACUCUUCUCGCACAUCAGAUUUUAGUGUAAAUAGUCAAAUUUUAGAAGUAGAAGGAACAUGACAUGACACUACGCAACCAGGUUUGAUUUUUCGAAGUGUGACGUUGUUGAUUGAACCCCAUUCGGAUCACUUCUACGCCUGAAAAUGAAGCAGGAAGAAAUGUAUACACUUGAUAAUUUGUUUUCGAACCGUUCUCCUUGUA